GUGACGAUGACGACGACGACGAAAGAAAGCCGAGUAGGAGAGAUCGGCCGGUUAAGUGGGGACGAAGUUCCCUGCGUGGUGGAGGGUGCUCGCGACUGCGGUGGAGGUGGUAAGGGCGAACAGUGGGGAGACCUCCACGUCGCAGAGAGAGAGUACGGAGGUACGGUGCGCGCGGUACGCGGUCUGCGGCGGUAGCUUCAGUGUCGUUCCGGCCGCGGCAUCGUUUGGUCGUUCGCUGACGAGUCACGCUCGCGACACACACGCUCGGUGUUUUCCUCAGCAUCGCGACCGAUCGCCUAUCACUUCCCGGCCUACUUUCGCUCCGCCGCGCGCGGUGCUACUCACGUUACUCACGGAGCGAAGAGCGACGGCGUGACGCGUUCACACCGUCCCGUCCACCGUCUCUCGUCUUGUGUCGCGUCGCGUCGCGUCGCGUCGCGGCACAUCCGCGAGUCGAUUGGUCAGCAGCCGCGCGCAGGGGAUCCUCCGGCGAUGAAGAUGGGCUAGAUUCGAAGAAGGAGUUGACUUUUCUCUCUCUCUCUCUCUCUCUCUCUCUCUCUGUCUCUGUCUCUGUCUCCGUCUCUGUCUCUGUCUCCGUCUCCUUCCCCCGGAGACACGUCAGGAUCGGUGGAGUACAAUGUGUCGUGACAAGUAGGGCAGUUUCCAUCGGAUUGUCGUCGAGUGUGUGAGUGCCGGAUCGAGGUGGGACUUGCCCGGCGAGAUCGUCGUCGAGAGUGUGACAGUCGCGACAGCUAGUGCUUCAGCACCUGGUGACGUCGUCCGCGGGCGCAUUGUAAGAUGAGCCCGGCCUCCCAGGGCGCCCUGGAGGUGGAGCGUUACAUCGGCAGCUGUCUCAUUUCGUCCAACGUGCGCGCCGGGUUGCACGGCAAAGCCGCGGUCUGCAGGAAGCAGGAACAGUCGACGAUACGCGGCAAAACCCGCGGCUGUUACAGCAAUGGACAGACUUACCCUCUGGCGACUGCUGGCGACCAGCAGUGUCAGGUGCAAUACGGGCCGGGUGGUUGGACGGGUGCGCCGCUGAUAUCGAUGACAUCGAGCCCGCGCAGGUGUAACCAGCAACGUUCGUCGCCGUCGUUGACCCAACAACAGCAGCAGCAGCAACAGCAGCAGCAACAGACGUGCACCGAUCAGCAGCAACAGCAGCAAGUGCCACCAGCUGGCCACCUGCACAAGAGUCCUUUAUCUAGGUUGGCGAUUCAUACGCAGGGCGCGCCUUUAAUUUUGGCCGGACGGUUCUACAACCGUGGCAAGGUGCACAGCAACGGCAAUAGCAGUAACAACAGUAACGGCAGCAACAACGGCGGCAGCCCGAACGGUGCCGGCAAUACGCUCUGCGGCAGCCUCGGCAAUGUCGGCGGCGGCAACUACGUGCAUAGUAACGCGAACCCGUCCAUGACGAGCAACGUGAACAGCGCGACGAGAUGCCCGGCGUCUCGCAUCGUCGCUCAGAGGCCGGUGGAGGCUACCCCGAAGAAAGCGGCGAGCGCGACGAACCCCAAGACCGCGAACCCUGACUGUCCGCCCGGCGGCGGCGGCGGCAAGGAGAACGCCGGUUCGUCGAGCAUCGCGAACAUCGACUCGCUGAGCAUCGCCAGCGACGAAAGCUCCGGCUCGAACAACUCGGAGAACAGCUUGCCGCGCAUCAUCAAGCCGCGUAAACGCAGAAAGAAAGAUCGCAAGCCGCUCAACGUCGUCGUCGCGACCGGUGUCGACGCCGGUAAGCCCGAGGACUCGCAGCAACGGCAACAGCAGCAACCGUUGUCCACGUCCUCGUCGUCGUCGUCCUCGUCGUCGUCUUCGUCGUUAUCGUCUUUGUCGUUACCGUCGCCCGCCUGCAUGGCGACCAACGUGGAAGCGACCUGCGCUGGUGUCUUCGUCAACGCGAAAUCCUACGGGACAGGAGGGGGAGCGCCUUCGAGCUGCUACGAGCCGCGUCUCUAUGAGACCCCGCCGCCGCCGCACCUCAGGAACUACCGCAGGCCGCCGCUCAGCCACCGCGAGAACGCGUACGCCGGCUGCAGGGCGCCCGCCUUGAUGCAGGAGGCGGCCGACAUGAGGCAGCGGUACGCGCACCACCGGCACGCGCAAGUGAAAGUGCUGGACGACAACCGUAACGUGGUGGUGACGCCGAUGCGCGGCGCCGCGCCACCCAAGGACUACCGCCACUACCACGUCGCCGGUAACGUUAACGUUAACGGUAACUGCAACGGCCUGUCGCGACGUUACGUUCACGAGUACGGCGAUACCCUGACGUCGACGGCGACGGCGACGGCGACGACGGUAGCCGCCUGCGAGGUCGCCGCCAGGGACAGUAUGGGCACUUGUCAGUGCCGGUACUGCGACCCCUCCGGCCUCAUCUGGGACGUGGAUCGCAACGGCUACUCGCCGUUCCUCACGGCGACGUCCGGUGUCGAGUACUGUCGCGGUCACUUUGGCCAGAUGCCGCUGUUUCUGACGCCGCCGGGUCUCCAGCAGCAGC